AUGUCUUACAACGAGGGUUACGGAGGCGGUGGUGGAGGCCGUGACGAAUAUGGCGGCGAUCGCCAAGGAGGCGGGUAUGGAGGCGGACGCGACGAGUAUGGAGGAGAGCCUCGCCGUGGCGGUCAAGAUUCAUACGGAGGUGGUGACAGCUACGGUGGAGGUCGUCAAGAAGGCGGGUACGGAGGAGAGCGUCGUCACGGAGGCGAAGACUCGUAUGGCGGCGGUGACAGUUAUGGAGGAGGCCGUCAAGAAGGCGGAUACGGAGGAGAGCGCCGUCAUGGAGGCGGAGACUCGUAUGGCGGCGGUGACAGCUACGGAGGAGGCCGUCAAGAAGGCGGAUACGGAGGAGAACGCCGUCAUGGAGGCGGAGAUUCGUAUGGCGGCGGUGACAGCUACGGAGGAGGCCGUCAGGAAGGACACGGAGGAGGCGGUGGUGGUGGUGGAUACGGCGGCGGUCGUCAAGAAGAUUCGUACGGCGGCUCGGGAGGUGGCGGAUACGGCCAUCAAUCUGACCACGGACGUCCAGAGGGAGCAUACUCAGAAGGCGGGCGUCAAGGUCAAGGCCAUGGCCAGUCCUCCGGCACUUCAUAUGGAGGUGGAGGGGCAUAUGGCGGAGCAUCGGACGAUUUGUCUGGCGCCGCGUCCCACGCAAGCCAACAUGCUGGUGACAGCGGAGACUCCAACAUGUUCGGCCAGGUCUUGGGCAUGCUGCAGGGUAAGCACCAGCAGGCACAAAACGAAGGCUUCGACGAACAAGAAGCCGUGAAGCACCACGAGGCCUACUACGGCGGAGGUGGAAGCGGCGGAGGACCAGCGACGUCGGGCGGCAUGGGAUCUGCGGCUGCUAUGCAAGCGCUCAAGAUGUCCAACCAGGGCGGAUCAAGCGGUGGCGGUGGCCAGAAUGCCUUCAUUGGUACUGCUAUGGGUCAGGCUGCUAAGCUCUUCGACCAGCAGUCGGCACAAGGCAAUGUGCAAUCCGGCGAGAGCAAGCAAUCCGCCGUUGCCUCGGCUGCUCAGAUGGCACUGAAGAUGUACAUGAAGAGCGAAAUGGGAGGCAGCGGUGGUGGCUCGAGUGGUGGCAUGGGCAGUCUGCUGAGCAUGGCCGGCAAGUUCAUGAAAUGA